AUGAGAGUUUUUAGAAUCCAGACCGUCCACGCCACCGAAGAAAGAGAUGUCCUGUCCGUGGAAGAUACCAAGGAUAUUUGGCUGUUUGGCGUGACGGUUGUGGGGUUCUUUCUGCUUGGCUUAGGUGAUGCCCUGCUCUACCGGAAAGUUUCCAAGACAGCAGCUUUCAAGGAAAUCAACAAAUGGACCACGGAAACGGUGCGAUUCAAGGCAUUGGAAGAUCGCGUCGAGGCUCGGAUCGAGAACUGGCUCCAUAAACUCACGGUUUGGUCCAAGGAAGGAUGGAGAAAAGUGGAUGCUACUUUGCGCCAGGUGACCUACCUUCAGAUGCCGCUAGACCUCUUGAUCAAGAAGACUUCAGCCCACAAGUCCGAGAACACGGAGAAGUCUCAGAUCAUGAAGAAAGGCGGCAUGAAGCGAGUUCUGGUGCUCGGUACGGGAUAUGUCUCCGGCCCAAUCAUAGAGUACCUGACCCGAUGUGACAAGACGCAGCUGACUGUGGCAUCUGUGACCAUGAAGACGGCACAGGAUCUGUCGACCAAAUACCCGAACACGAUCCCCGUCAAGCUGGACAUCAGCAGCCAGGAAGCACACCUCGUGUCCCUCAUACAAGACCAUGACAUUGUCAUCAGCCUGCUUCCCCAGGGCCUUCACCCCCAGGUGGCCAAACACUGCAUUGAAAAGAAGGUCAACAUGGUCACCUCCAGCUACCUUAGCCCAGCUAUGAAGGACCUGCAUAAUAGGGCAGUAGAGGCGGGCGUGUCUCUUGUGAAUGAGAUGGGAUUGGACCCUGGUAUUGAUCAUAUGCUAGCCCAAGAGUGUAUUGAUCAGGCCAAAGCUGAUGGAUGCGCUGUAGAAUCAUACGUGUCGUACUGCGGCGGACUUCCUGCUCCCGAGUGUUCAGACAAUCCUCUGCGCUACAAGUUCAGCUGGAGUCCUUCUGGCGUUCUCCUUGCCUCCAUCAGCCCUGCCGUCUUCCUUCGCGACAAUCAGCUGGUUAGUAUUCCAGGAGGCGGUGGUCUGAUGGAUGCCGUCACGCCAAUGGAAUUCUUUCCUGGCUUCAACUUUGAAGGUUAUCCCAACUGCGACAGCACCAAGUACGCAGAACUCUACGACAUACAAGACACGCAUACAUUGCUCAGAGGAACGCUUCGAUACAAGGGUUUCUGCAGAGCCAUGCGUGGUUUUGUCAAACUGGGUCUGAUCAACAGCGAGCCUUGUCCCAUCCUCCGCAACGCAUCAUCACCUGUCACAUGGAAAGCUAUUCUGUGUCAUGUGAUGGGUUUGCCCGCUUCGACCUCCAGCGAUGUGUUUGAAGCCGCAGUGUACGAACGCGUCGAUCGGGAUGACUGCAGCAUGGAUUCCCUCAAAUGGUUUGGCAUGCUAAGUGACGAUCCAAUUCCUCACGCCGACAGCAUUCUCACUGCACUCAGCAGACUUCUUGAAGCCAAACUCUCUUUCGGCAGCGGUGAGCGCGACAUGAUUGUGCUGCGUAGCGAGUUUGGCCUCCGUCACCCGACAGGCGAACUAGAGAACAAAUGUGUCAGUUUGGUGGUGUACGGCGAAAAUGGACGGUUCUCCGCCAUGGCAAAGACUAUCGGAUACCCUGUCGCCAUUGCUGCACGCAUGCUCCUCGAUGGUGAGAUAUGUACCAAAGGUGUCUUGCUACCCAUCAGUAAGGAGAUCUACGUGCCCAUAUUGAAGCGUCUCAAGGACGAAGGCAUGAACAUCACCACCACCAGCACCCUUGUUGAAUAUUCAUGA